CACGUGAUCCCAUCAUAGCAAAUCAAACGAGACAGAAAAAUGAAGAAUUUCUAAGAAUUUUUUAAAGUUUUAAAGCUCUCUAGCCCUGGAAUCAUCAGCACAAAUUCAGGAAACCAUGGCCACCAACAGUAACACCACGAGCACUAAUAAUCAGCUCCUUCUCAGCACCCAGCAAGGACCAGUGAUGGCCAACAACCCUUCCUCCAGUAGUCUUGACAUGGCCACCCCUAGGCAUAGUUUAAAAGAUGGGAGGGCAAAGAUCAUAAUGAUGAACUCUGAGAAUACAGAAGAGGCCAAUUCUGGGUCUUCAAGCCAAGUUGAGGAACAGCCCACAGCUAAUGGAGAGAUUGAGGAUGAUGAGGGAGAGGAGGGCUACAGUGAACCAGUAGUUGUGAAGACAGUCAGAAGCACCAGUCUUGAUGUAUCUGGUCAUUUUCUUGCUCAGGAGCAGGAUGAGUAUCAAAUAUAUCAAGCCGAAUUGAGAAAGAUCAAGGAUCAGAUAACGCAGAUGAGUAAAAAGAAUUACAAAUUAGAGAAAGAUCUCAAGUUCUUUGACUCUAAAAUUGCUCUCCUUAUCACUCACAAGAUAUCAAUUGAAGAAGUUGAGAGUCAACUUAGUGAUAGCUAUCCUCAUUCAACGAUUAUGUUCAAGGGUAUCCAUAGUCCUGAGAUUUAUGGCGAACUAUUUCUCAUUUUACAAACUAGCCCUGAGUACAUUGCUAAAUUAGCCAGAUCUGUUUCUCAGAAAGAAAUCGAUGGUCUCCUACAGAUAGUCAUGUUUUCACUUUAUGGUAAUCAAUACGAGGACAGAGAAGAGCAUUUACUUUUAUCAAUGUUUGAGUAUGCAUUAACAUAUGAGGUACAAGAGGCAACUGAGAUUAAUAGUUUAAUGAGAGCCAAUACUGCAAUUACUAGAAUGAUGACAACUUACUGCAGACGUGGUCCAGGUCAGGAAUAUGUAAGAACAGCUCUGGAGAGCGUGAUUGAGGAACUAGCAGCUUAUGAUGGCUCACUGGAAAUAGACCCUCUGAAAAUUUAUCAGAGGAUGGUGGAAGACGGUGAAGUGGAGAGAGUGGAUGAGUCCACGAGUGUGAGACUUGCUGAGGCUGAGAGCAAUGCCACCGUCCACAAAAGAAUACAAGAAAGAGCUCCAGUUUUAGAGAGAUUUGUUAUGAAGAUAUUGGAGCUACUGAAAGAAUCAAUCAGCAGAGUCCCUUAUGGCAUAAGAUGGUUAUGUAAAGCAACGAAAUUAUUAGUACAAGAGAAAUUCACGUCAGCUUCGUCGGAAACAAUCAAUUCAUUUAUCGGAGGGUUUUUCAUAUUACGAUAUGUUAAUCCAAUCAUAGCCACUCCCCAUGCUUAUCAGUUAUUGUCUCAAAUACCAUCGCAGCAAACAAGAAGAAAUCUAACACUGGUUGCUAAACUGAUACAGAAGUUAGCUAAUACUUCGAGCGUGCGUGAGAGCUACAUGCUCCCACUGGAACAUUUUGUAAAGACGCACAAUGAAAGAUUAAAAAUGUUUCUAAGCGAUCUCUGUGAGGUAUCAGAUUUCCAUGAGCAGCUCCAGCUUGAGGAGUACAUCGCUGUUAGCAGGAAAGACAUUGCCAUUGAGAUAUCCCCUUCAGAAAUAGCCACACUCCACAAUCUUCUAGUCAAAUACAAAGCUGAAAUAGUACGUCUUGCUUCACACAAUGAUAAACUUGGUGUUGUCCUCACAAAGCUGGACCUCCCGUCCGAAGAAAUGGAGAAAGGACAGCAGCCUUUCCGUCUUAAGCUAAGCCAGAGACUGACUGAUCCAGGAGUUCCCUCGCGGUCUCCAUUGGUACUAUCCUCAGGAGUAUCAAUGAAUGUUGCUGACCAGCUAGCCUCGGCCAGAAGGAAAUGCAAGCAUCUGCUAAUCCAUUUGUUUAAGAUGUGUCCUUCAUGUAUGAAUGAGAGUACAAUCAGUGAUGCACUAAAGGUAGCUAUACUGUCUCCCAUAGAGGAGGUCAGGAUGCAUGCUGAGGUGAUAUCAGAGCAGUUGAAGACCAUAGAUGAGUUGGGAGGAUUCAACCAGGGUGGAAAGGAUCUUUAUGAUGAAAUCAGAGCAAUAUUACCAAGUAGAAAGGUCUUACUGGAAAAGAGUCAAGGAGAGCUUACUAGUCUUAGAGGAGUACAAGAAACAAUUGCAGAGCAUUCAGAGUUCUUAGAGGAACAGCUGGAGGCAUAUAGAGAAUAUUUGGAUGCUGUUCGUGCUAAAGUAGCAGAAGGGCAAUUGCCUCAACCAGGGAUGUUCCGAAAACAAAGAGGUGUGUACAAGUUUAGUCAUUCUCAGCUAGAGAAGGCUGGAGUCAUUGUUGAAUCACCUGGCAUACCAGUACAAAGGCGAGGAACUAUGUACUAUGCCAUAUUUUGUGUUGAGCCUGGUAUAUACAGUAUCACUGUACAUCAAAAAGGUAAUGAUAAAGCUAUUUAUGAAAAGAAGCUCUGCCUUGAGGAUCUGUUAGAGCAGCAGCGACUCCAAGAUCCCGUGAUUGAUAUGGAGGGUCUGGUAUUAUUGAAUGCGCGUAGGACCCUCAUGAUGCUUAGUCGAUGCUUCAUGAAGAAAGACAACCCACGGCCUGUUAGUAGACACUUGUCGGCUCCUGCAAUACAUGUUCAUUCAAAAUCAUGAUUCAAUCCUUCUCCUCCUCCUCUCAUCAUUAAAAGUUUAAUUAUAUGCUCCUCUCCUAUUAUAGUACUUACAUGUGUGAACUGAUUGUACAAUAAUAAAUGAAUAAAAUGAUAAUUAUAAUUGUUGUCAUCAUAUCUGCUCUGAUUUUCAAAUUAUAAUCGUAUUUUGUCAUUAAAUUGUGUAUUUUAAUCUUUUCCCCUCCCUCCAUCUUUUCUACUUUCUAAUUUUUGAAUAUUUAUCAUUAUUUUUUCAUUUAUCCAAUAUUAUUAUUUUAUCAAUAUUACUAUUAUUAUUAUUAUUGUGUUAUCCUAAUCCAUCAUGUUUAUUCGAGAAAAAAACUUAUUUUUGAUAUAACAA